GUAAAGAAUCAAAAAAGUGCUUUAGUAAAAAGAUGUCUUGCUUUAGUUUUGUCUCCUCUCUGUUUGGCGGAGGAGAGCGCAUCAAUGGCCAGAGCUACUCUGUUGUUAGGAGGAUAGGGGAAGGAGGUUUCUCUUAUGUUGAUCUGGUACACAGAGAUGGACAUUCGUAUGCCCUGAAGAGAAUAUUAAUACAACUGCCUGAGCAACGGGAGGCCGCCCAGAAUGAGAUCAGAGCACACACGCAAGUGGACCACCCUAAUGUUGUACACCUGGUGGACUCAGAGAUCAGAGAUGUAUCUCAGAGGACCAGUAACUGCAUUGGAAUCGCCUUUCUCCUCUUCCCUUAUUAUCAAAACGGAACGUUACAAGACUUGAUGGAGUAUGUACACAAUGUGGGUGUGCCCUUGGAGGAGCGGAGGAUUGGGCAGCUGUUUCUCUCCGUGUGUCAAGGACUUAAGGCCCUCCAUAACUGUCAGGGUGGACCUAUUGCUCAUAGGGAUAUUAAGCCUGGUAACCUGCUGCUUAGCCACACUGGCAAAGAGCUGGUUGUCAUGGACCUGGGGAGCACUGCACCCGCACAGUGUGUCAUCUCCAACAGGAGAGAAGCGUUAGCACUUCAGGAACACUGUGCACAGACCUGUACUGCACACUAUAGGGCGCCUGAACUGUUUGAAGUGCCCUCCAAUUGUACGAUCACAGCCAAGACAGAUGUGUGGUCACUAGGCUGCUCUCUCUAUGCCGCUGCCUUUGGUAAUAGUCCGUGUGAUGGCUCCGCCCUUUCCGCUAUGAGUGGACGAAUCACCUUCCCCAGAGAACAUUCGUACUCUGAGGAGUUUUGUGAGCUGGUGGUGUGUGUGUUGAGUGUGGACCCAGACAGCCGGCCGAGUGUCACGGAGGUGGAGGACAGACUCACCACCCUCCUACAACAAGUUGAAGAAGAGGACUGAAAACAUUCAUCCUUAUUACACUACAUGGUCCCCCCUUCAUUUUGUACACAUCUUAUUUAUUUUCUAUAAUUUGUUUUAUGUUCUCUCACCUAUUAUAUAGUUCUGCUAAAAAUGUAAUAAUUAUUAAUAAGAUAUUGA